AUGGAAAAAGAAAGUGAAACUCAUAUAAAAUCAGGUCGUCCACAAAGUGGAGUUUGGAAAUAUUUUGAUAGAGGAGAGUCCAAAGGUGAUGGUCACUGGAAAGGAACCUGCAAAUACUGCAAAAAAUUUUAUCCAUGUGCUAAACCAAAUGCUUUGUAUGCACAUCUUGUUAAUAAUUGCAAAGAUAUUUCUAAAGAUAAUUUGAAUGAUAUCUCAAUAGAUAAACCUCUUACUGUUAUUUCAUUAGCAUUUAUUAUGUGUGGAAUUCCCUUUCAUGUAAUUAACAAUCCUUUUUUUAUAAAUGCAUUGAAAAUUCUUAAUCCUAAUUAUAUUGCACCAUUUCACAAAACUCUUUCUAAACAAUUGUUGGAUAAUGAAGUAGCAAAAGUUAAUAAUAAAAUUGAUGAGAUUUUAGAAUUUACUAAUAAUCUUACCAUUAGCCUUAAUGGUUGGACCGUUGUAAUAACCGAAAAUAUAAUAAAAUAG